UCGAACAGGAAUUUUCGAGGAACACUUAAACGCGUCCCGGGACUUUCUAUAACACAAUCCAGGUGAAAUCAGAGUGCGCGUAGUGUCAGUCGGAGGGACGCGGAACUAAUAAUACCUUUGUCCUGCUGGGUCUUUGAUAUAUUUCAUUGAGUAGUGAAACACUUGUUGUUUGGUGCUGCGACGAAAACAUGAUGUGGCUUUUCCUAUUCAGUGGCUUAAUAGCGCAUACAGGAAAGUCUGUGAGUGCCUCUUGUCAACUUCAGAUGAACCCCCCUAGCGUUGUGGUGAGAUAUGGAGACUCCUUCUCUGUCAACUGCAGCUCAUUGUCCAACCAGACAUUUGGAAUGGGCUGGGAGUCUACAGACAGUGGCACAGGACUUAGAAAAGGUGUCUCCAGUAUUACCUUAGACAUAGACGCUGUAAAAAAGUGGAUGAUAGAACCACAGUGCUACUCGACUCUCUCUGAUGACACUCAGUGCCUAACAAAUCUGCCAGUCACCGUUUACAAAACGCCAGACAGUGUGUCUCUGUCUCAGCUAAGUGAAAUGGGCCCCAUGGUGGAGGGCAGAAUGUAUCGCAUGCAGUGUGACAUUGCUGAGGUUGCACCAGCAAAAAACCUCUCUGUGUACUGGUACAAAGGAAAUGAAAUAUCAUUUACUGAUGCAUUUAGCGAGCCCAGUGCGUCUCCAGUCAAUAAGUCAUCUUUCUACAAUGUGAUCCCCAAGAGCGGUGAUAACGGAACGCAGAUCUGGUGUGAAGCCAAGCUGAACUUUUUGCCACAAGGAUCCAGGAAGCAAUCAAAGCCAUAUGAAGUGAUUGUAUUGUACCCACCAAUCUUCGACAAGCCUGCAAAUGAGACGGUGGUAGUUUCAGCUGGUGAAAAAAUCCUUUUAAAUUGUGCUGCAAAAGGAAACCCAUUGCCGAAAUACAGCUGGCAUUUACCAAAACCCAUACAACAGAUGCACAAGAAUCGUAACGACAAUCAACUCAUCUUGACCCAGUCCUUGCAGUUUCCAGGGAACUAUACCUGCACAGUGUCUAAUACUCACGGCACCAAGGUCAAAUAUUUCACCGUCACCGAAGCUCCAAGGAAUCGAACCACCUUCAUAGCCAUGGUUGGAGGAUUUGUGUUCCUGGGAGUCCUGGGAGCCAUUAUUGGUCUAUUUUUUCUGACACCUGAAGGAACAUUUUCACUCAACAAAGGCAGCUAUCUCAGAGGACAAGCUACCUCAUCAGGACCUGUAUGAGGCUGACUUUUUUGGUUACAUUUUGCAUGGCUUUGCAGUGAAAAUAUUUUGCAAACAUAUGAGUUAAAUCUCUCUUAAAGGCCUUGGGGCAUGGUCUCGACUGCAUGACACUGUAGCUUUAAGAAUGCAUAAUCAGCUUUCCCCAGUAUCAUUAUCAAACAGCAUGUUUACUUGUAUUCCCGAAACCAGGUAAUUUAGAGAAAUCAGAGUACAGAGGUCACCAAAGAGUGCUUUUACAUGCACUGUAGUAACAUGGUAACUGUAAAUCUAAGUAUACAUGCAGCAGACCAGUAAUCAGGUUUCUCCCUUACCCCUGAGCUUAAUCUGGAAGCAUAACUCACUUGUUUUAAAUGUUGUAGUGAUGUUACUUCUUGUGUUUGUUUUUUCAUUUUGUUCAUGUGUGUCUGUGUUUGAGCAGACUGACUGAAUUCUACAGUCCAAUGUUCAGCAGUGGAAACUCACUUAUUCAGACUUUUAGAGUCUAUUUUGAGUUAGUUUCAGUUUUACUCUGACAUUGGAUGGAAUUAUUUUGAAUAUGCAUCAUCAGCAAAUGUGAAUAUAUUUCCAUUUGCUGUUGCAGCAAUGCUUUUCCUGCCUGAAAUCUUUGUCCUGCACAUGUGCACUAAAAACUGUAAAAUGCUGAUUGCAGCCAGUUUACUUAGGUGCAUGUAAACACACUAGCUGAAUCAAAUUAAUGUUGCAUGCAGGAGCAUGAACACCUAACUCUGCAGCUCUGCUAAGCUUUUUAGCUUCUUUUAGCUCAUUGUUUUGGUUUUAUUGCCUGCAUGUUUAUUGUAUGAUUCUGCCUGAGCUGCUGUCAUCACCCUCGUGUCCACCAGCAGCAGGAAGUUGUUUCCAGCAAAGAAAGCUCUGAUAAACCCACUUAGUGCUACCUGUUCAACACCAAAUGGCGGACAAAGUUAGUGACUAGUUGGCGGUGAAAUCUGACCCUGGAAAAUAUAUUGUUGGUGUAGAUUAUGGAUUGUAUGGUGGAGACUAAAACAGUUGAACAAAGCAUACAUAUUGGACAUGUUAGAUACAUAAUACCCACCUCCCAGACUGAGGACCACAGUAGGUCAGGGAAGUGGGCUUGUCAGCUUGUUUCUCUUUUUUAUAGGAUCGUACUUAACAGAACCUAUACUGCAGCUUCAGGUGCGAGGAUGCAAGCUUGGGGAUGCUUUGAAUACCACUGUAGGGUGCAAUGGUGCUAAUGAGUUUUCUGUUAGUGUUAUUUUAGUCAUUUCUGGUGUAUGAACUAAGCACAAAUCAUGCUUGUUUAAUCUUAUCUGUUUUACCAUCUGUGGAAUAUUGAAUUAUUUUUGCACUGAAGAAACUGGCCAUGCAAUCUGUGAUGUGCCAGCAGUUUGGUAUGACAUGAUAUGAUCAACAUUUUUCAUUUGUAAACCUUGUUAUUAUGAAAGCUGAAUUAAUUGAAAAAGGUAUUUUUCUAGGGGAAUGCAACUUGAAAUUGCAACUGUAAAUAACGUUAAAUAAAGCCAAAUGUUCUGUCAUUGA